UCCUCUCAUAGCCCUGCUGUGUGUAUAUUUACAGAAUACGUAUUUAUGAAGUUCAGCGCAGCCAUAUGAGAAAUUAGCCUCUGUAUUCACCGGGGUCCUCCCACCCCUCUGUCUUGUUCUCUAAUCCGCCCACAUGUAUCGUCUGAGGAAAAAAAAUAGUGCAGAAGGUGACGCUCCUCCAAAGGAACAGAGAGAGGCACAGAGAGGGAAAGGCAAAGAGAGAGGUGUCUACAGGCUGCAUCUCCAUUGAAACAUUUGCAAAAGGGGGGAGACAGAGGAAGAGCUGAAUGGUAGCUACACCCUGCGCCUGGAAGCGUAGAGACACUGUAACAAAGGCUGGCAAUUUUUUUUUGCAAUAACAAAGAGGUGGGAGAAGGGGGCUCUGAAAUCGAGGGAAAUAGCAACAAAAAAGCCAGUUUUCAGGGGGACUUCUGCUUCAUUUCAUCCGAAAAGACUCAUCCCUUUUGCCAUCAUCAGCAUGACCAUAAGCUAUAAGUAACAUUCGGCAAUAACGGUGUCAAAACGAGAUUUUCAGCAACAGACGCGCGCAAUCCUAUUUUGUUUUAUUCUAAUCGGGGGGAGCAAAAAAACACAGAUGAAGCGAAUGCCUGCGAGAAACUGGAUACUCUCUGAAAUCAUAAGAAAGAGCGAUCUAACAAAGAAAACUACAUUUUGAUUGAUCUUUUUAAAGCUUGAUGUGCGCGUUUCUGCACGCACUCGAAACGAACCUGAACCAAAAGCAAACUCCUCAGACUCCUCCCUCCUCCUCCCUUCGGUUUCUCUCAUCCUCUCCCUCCCCCCCGGUCCUCUAUGCUCAGUUCGGUGUGUGUAUCCUCUUUCAAAGGGCGCAAGGGUGGGAACAAGUCGUCCAACAAAGCAUGUUACAGCGCAGACAUGACUUGUCCGUCGGAAAGCGAGAAAAUCGUGAUAAACUGCGGGGGGGUGCGGCAUGAGACCUACCGGAGCACCCUAAAAACGUUGCCUGGUACCCGCUUGUCGUGGCUCACCGAGCCGGACGCGUUCAGCAACUUCGACUACGACCCCAAAUUAGACGAGUUCUUCUUCGACCGCCACCCGUCAGUGUUUUCCUUCAUCCUCAACUAUUACCGCACCGGGAAGUUGCACUGUCCCAACGAUGUGUGCGGUCCCCUGUUCGAAGAGGAGCUGGCUUUCUGGGGCAUCGAUGAGACGGACGUGGAGGCGUGUUGCUGGAUGAAUUACCGGCAGCACCGGGAUGCGGAGGAGGCGCUGGACAGCUUCGAGACUCCAGAGCCGGACGCGCCGGACGACGAGCCGGCGCUUGGCGGUGCGGACGGGGACUUGAAAAGACUGUGCAUGCAGGAGGACGCAAGGAAAGCGGGCUGGUGGAAAACCUGGCAGCCCCGAAUAUGGGCACUGUUUGAAGACCCGUAUUCCUCCAAAUAUGCGCGGUACGUGGCAUUUGGCUCCCUAUUCUUCAUCCUCAUCUCCAUCUCCACUUUCUGCAUGGAGACACAUGAGGCCUUCAACACCAUCCUCAACAAGACAGAGAACGUCACGGUGGGCAACUUGACCCGCGAGGAGAUUGUAUACGAGGUGGUGACUGACAGCUGGUUGACGUACGUGGAAGGCGUGUGCGUCAUUUGGUUCACCAUUGAGGUCCUGUUGCGAGUCACCUUCUGCCCGGACAAGCUUGAAUUCUUCAAAAGCAGCCUCAACAUCAUCGACUUUGUCGCCAUCCUGCCCUUCUACCUGGAGGUGGGCCUGAGUGGACUGUCCUCCAAAGCUGCCAAGGAUGUCCUGGGGUUCCUCCGUGUUGUUCGAUUCGUCCGUAUCCUCCGAAUCUUCAAGCUCACCCGCCACUUUGUGGGUCUCCGUGUCCUGGGCCACACCCUGCGUGCCAGCACAAAUGAAUUCCUCCUGCUUAUCAUCUUCUUAGCCCUUGGUGUCCUCAUCUUUGCCACCAUGAUCUACUAUGCUGAAAGAAUUGGUGCAGACCCAGAUGACCCGACUGCCAGUGCCCACACCAACUUCAAGAACAUUCCCAUUGGAUUUUGGUGGGCCGUCGUGACCAUGACUACACUGGGCUAUGGAGAUAUGUACCCGGAGACGUGGUCAGGGAUGUUGGUUGGUGCCCUGUGUGCCUUGGCUGGUGUGCUGACCAUUGCCAUGCCCGUACCUGUAAUUGUCAACAACUUCGGCAUGUACUACUCUCUGGCCAUGGCCAAACAAAAGCUGCCCAAAAAGAAGAACAAACAUAUCCCCCGAGCACCACAACCAGGGUCCCCCAACUACUGCAAGCCAGAUGCCCUGGCUAUGGCUACCGCAUCACCGCAAAGGCUUUUGGGAAACGUCCUUGGUGGAGUGAUGGGAUCUGGAGGCAUUGGGGGUGACUGUCCUCUCGCCCAAGAAGAAAUUAUAGAGAUUAACAGAGAUUCCAAGCAGAACGGCGAUGCGGCUUCGGCCGCCCUGGCUAACGAGGACUGUCCCACCAUCGACCAGGUGCUGAGCCCAGACGAGAGGAGCCCUAUUGGGCGAGGACCUACCCGGGAACGCUACCAGCAGGACCGCGCCUGCUUCCUGCUCAACACCAGGGAAUUCCGUGCCACAGAUGGGAAUGUGCGGAAAGAGGCAGCAGCCCUGGCACCCAGCCCAGACUCCCCUCUGACUGAGGAUUGGUAUAAGAUGGAAGGGUCUCUGUUACAGCAGGACCUCAAUGCAAACUCCACGUCCUCCUGGAUCAAACCAUAGACCAGAGUGUUAAGUUUCUAGCAUUCGCCUUCUCUCUAAUGAGGAGUCAGUAACCGGUAAACACAAAUUUGAGGCGGGAGCCACGUAAGCGAGAGGUGUGACGCGGAUGGACAGUUUAAAGGAGAUCUUUUGGGGUGACAAGAGAGGGACCAGAGGUUAAUCAUGAAUUUUAAAAAAAUCAUAUGGUCUGCUCCUCACGUUGUUACCAAAGCAGCCUCUUGGAACUCCGACCACAUUUUUGACAACUGUCUUACUGACCUUUUUGCUUUCCUUUUUCUUUUUUCGUCAAAACUGACUGAGCCUUGCACUGACACACUUUUGGGAGAGAGAAGGACUCCUGAUCACACAUUCCAGAUGACAUCCUCUCUGACAACAUUAUACUCGCCAUCUUGUACGAUGACCAAACUCAGUACCAUCUUCAGUGCUGAACAACUGAGCAAUUUCACAAGUUUCCGAAAAGAAAACAAAAAAAAGAAAAAAACACUUGUCUUCACAAAGGACUGAAUGAACAAUGUAGCAUCUCUGCUAACAUAUUGUAGCAUUUGUUGGCUGGGAAAUAACUUGACUUAGUCCAUCCACAGUUCGAAGCAAGAUAAAUUUAUGCAUUCAAGGGAUUUUUUAGAUGUCAUUUUCCUCUUAGGUUACUUUCCAGUGAAGAAAAAUAAUAUAGAGUACAUGAGAGACAAAGGAUCGGUCUUAAUCGUUCAAACAACAUUCCAAAAAAGAAAAAGAUGCACUAAAUACAAACAGUGCAUAUUAAAUCAAUCACAAAUGCACAGUAUUUACCAAUACCCACACUAUAUUCCCUCAUUCAAGUUUAGCACUUGUACAGCAUGUUUGCCACUGAACUUAUGUCUUCCAUUCACUUCUAUCAGACUGAAACACUGCCCUCUUCACAAGUACUGAGAUAAUCAAAAAAAACAGCCAAACUAUGAAGUUGAACAAACGAAGCACAUGUAGCAUCAGCUCAAACAGGUCAUGUAUGGCAUUUACUGUACAUUUAGACUCACCUGAAACACUCGCCAUAUGAAAAUGGUGGAAAAGGACUUAUCUUUAUCUCUCAUGUACUGACAUGGGCUCGCCCCGAUAAUGGGAUACCAAAGGUCCUGUAGCAAGCACUUGCUGAAUGACCUUCUGUAAUGUAUAGUAGAUUCAGAGGAAUAUUCGUUUAGGGUGAGGAGUACUCACCCUCACACUGCCCAUUGCCUAUGUUUGGUACUCCUGCCUCUAAAAGUACUUUUACUGCCACUAGCAUUCCAUCCCUAUAUGCACAUUUAAGUAUGUUUUCCCAUGUUUGACUGACACAGUGCUCAGUCAUGAGGAGCAAAAAGACUGACUCAAGAAGACAAAACACAAAAGACGAUUGUAAGUCUCUCUUCAAUAUUGAGGGAUAUUGGCCUGCCUAAAUUCCGACGAAAAGGACGCCCCUGCCACGAGGACGCUUUUUACGUCGCACAAAACUGUCCAUUAGCUGGGAAUUCAGUGUUAUCAUUCUGAAAGGGACCAAUCCAACGAAUGCUCCUCCUAUACACAAUGGCUGACACUGCCAAUUAGGCACAAGAAUCUCCAGAUGAAUACUGCCCCAUCUCUCUCUUGUCCCUCUUGCUGCCAACGACUGCUUCUCAGGCAAGUCGAUGUCAAGAUAAGAAUGGCCCAUCAGGGGAGCCCUUAGGCAAAGGGGAAAAUGAGAAGAAAUGGACCAAGAGUAGAGCAAGUGUGGAAGUGUACAAAGAGAACAAAUCUAUAUUUUGAUAAACAAAUCAACUAUCCAUGGCUUCGGAGGAAGUUUCUGAGCAGAAAAAGGUCCAGAAUGGAAGAAAGAAAAAAAAAAAUCAGAUGCAAAUGUUAAUAGAAAAUUUGGCAUCAUGAAAUGGAGUCAAAGUCCUGGAAAAAAAAAAAAAAGAUGGGAAGUGAAUAUUUUGUUAUGAGGAGUGGUUGUUUUCCCCACAAGCACUGGGAAAAUGUUUUCCGAAAGACAAUGAGCAAUGACAGACUCUUGCCUAUAAAGACACGGGGUGACAAAGAAUGGACGCUGAGUUAAACAAAUGAAAAAAAAAAGAUAAUGCAUUUUUGUAACUUUGUUUACCAGCAUGACUAGUUUGCAUGACUGUCUUUUCUGCAAGCCCUUAGUUGAAGACAAGGGUGCUAGAGAUACAAAAAAGUAUAUAUAAAAUGAAUUAAAAAAAAUGUUAUAUGCAAUUAAUGUUUUAAAAAAAAAGAUUAUAAUGAAAGAGAAGAGCUAUAUUUUGUUUUGAAAAGUAAAAAAAAAUGUGAAUACUUAAACAUGUAUGUUUGCAAAGUACACCCUGAACUGUUUUGUUGAUGAAAUCUCUCUGCUACUACUGCCCUAUACAUCCCCCAUUCCAGUGUUUUCGACCGCUGCCACAGUUUUACUUUGUUGUGCAUUGAGCAGUAUAUUUUCAAACCAUAUGAUCAAUGGCGUUCAUUCGAGACUUUGCCGUACUAUAGCAUUUGCGCAAAGGUUGUUUGUUGUUAAUCGCAAAGGCCAUGUUUUCCUCCUUGAAUCAUUUGCACAACUACCGUAGCAACAGCAGCAGCAGUUUUAAAACAAUGGCUCUUCAUUACCACAACUUUGACUGCUUGAUUAGUACUCAUAGUUUGCUUUUUUUCUUUGGCAAUAAUACAAGAGUUGUCCCAUGACUGUAGCAGGGCAAACGGAGAACCUCAAGAGUAUCUUCAAUGCCUCAGUAUUAGAGAUCCUUAAAAGCCUGGGAUAUCCCAUGGCAGGAUUUUGCCGGGAUGGACAGUUCUGUUCCACUAGUCCUAAGUAAAGAAAAAAUGGGAGUACAAGUGCAAACUAUCCAAUAAAGAUCAAUAUCAGAUUAUGAAAGAUACAAUACUGGCGAACAAUCAAGAGAGAUUUCAGGUUUGCAUGGAACCAACUGCCAUUCCAAAGUUCGUGUGUGGUUUAAAGGACUCAGGUGUGUCGAUGGUGUGUGUGGAUGUAGGUGUUUUCUUUCUAACAUAAUAAAUUCUAGUAUAUAGAUAACGAUAAUGUGAACACCUCACCGUGAUGUGUUAAAAAAACGCAUGCAUUAUGACUUGAUAAUCUCUCGAGGGGGGAACAGUCUUGACAUAUCCCCCUUAGCCUCCUGUCAUCGUUUGUCAUUAAUCCAGUCCUGAUAACUAUGAACACUGUGCCGUGUCGUAGAGCAGAAACGUCUUCCUUUGAGAGGCAACUGAAAACUACUCACACUCGCAGUGUCAGCAUGAGAGUGUAGAGGUAGCUCGUCUUUUUUUUUUUUUCUAGAUGGCCAGGUCUUUGCGUUCGUCAUCCAGUUACCGUCGAGUUACCGUCAUCCAGCUGGCUAGUCGGCAGCUCAUUACGCACACAACACAGUCAUGUGAGCACCAAUCAAAGAGACCCAGAGCUUCCAAAAUGAUGUCAGUGAAGUACUUUUAAGUGUUGCGAGAAAGAGAGGAUGAGAGAUACCAGUGUCCACCGAGGGGAGAUUGAUUUUAAAAAGCAUCUUAUUGUUGAGUGCUCUCCAAGCACCUCAUCUUUGGUUUGGUAUUCCAAGUGAGUUUCAGGCCCUGCUGGUUCAGGGCUCAGCUCAGGCAGCUGAAUGGUCGUCCGCCCCAGUACACUACAGUUGGAGGCUCACCAGAAUAUUGUGUGAUGUAGAGUACAUAGACUAUUCAAGGUUAUAGAGCUUCUGUCUAUUAACAAAAACGGUCCGUGGGAUUUUAUUUUGGUCCCUUACCUUUUUAAAGAUUUCUGUUUCCCAUUUUGGAAGGCAUUAAGCAACUAUGGCUUUUUGGUGGUCACAUAGAUGUUUAUGAAUAUUUCAGAGGCAAACUCUGAGCAACGGUGUGCACACUUGCAAAAACUUUGUGCUUCACCCCAGCGAUUUGUGUUUUCAUGGCUGAGUACCGUCCUUUUUUUCUUUGUCUUUCACUGUUCCGAUAACCAUGUCUUCAUUCUCUGCAUUGUGACUGCUCUGCCAAUGCCAGGCUGAAAAAGAUGUCUUUCCUUUUUCUAUUGCAUAAUACUGCCAUUUGAUUUAGUCAUGUUGAACAGAAUGAGUUACAAUGUUGAGAGUGCUAAGUCUGUUUUAUUUUCUAAAGUUUGCAAUCUGUUAUAAAGAUUUCCUGUGUAUCACUCACAUAACCAAAAGAACAAAAUGCUUUAUAUGGUAAGUAGGUGCCACUGUUGACCUAACGGCUACUAUGUGUUGUGAUAGUAUUAUGACACGUCCUCUCCAAGUGUUUGGAAGGUGUUAUGUGGUCUUUGGUUGACACAUCCUCUAUGAUAUCCUAUUCAUUUUCUUUAUGUGCCUGUUUAUGUUGAAUAUAUUUUGUUUUUUUAAAAUUGAGGACACUGUAUGCAAUCCGCACCACGAAUGCCGCUGAUUGACACUUAACUGUAUGCUCCCUGAGACGCAGAUGUUCUGUCAUCAGUUCAGAUGAUUGCAACCACAUGUGUAGUGGCUUUAUGGCUUCUCAUAAAGUGAAUUAGCAAUCACACUAACUUAAAACACACAAAAAAAUUUAUUUUACAAAGUGAUAAGACCAGAGUUGUUUUAGAGGAAUUGUUAUCAUUCUGAAUAGAUUUUUCUAAUAUAUGUAUCUUAUUUUAAUUAGAAAUAAUGUUGCAAAUACCACAAAGACACACAUACAUCUAAUAUUACAGGUUGAUAUCAUGCAUUCAUAUAAGCAUUCCAAAGAUAAAUGAUGUAUGUUCAUUUCAUAUGCCAUCACAUUGUAUAAAACAGACUUAGGUACUAGUCCAUUGUACUGCGGUCUUAGUAGGAGAGUGAAUGGGGAGAAGAGGUGGUCACUGGAGUAUCUUGUUGUGACUUAUGCCGGAUUUUAUUUUUGAAAUGUUGGGACACAAAGAACAACUCAUCAAGAACUGUAUAAAGUAUAUUUCAAUGGAAUGUUCAUGAUCUAUCUUUUUAUAUUUUGAGAAAAAAAAUAGAAACAUAUCAAAGUGUCAUAAUUGAACAUAUUUCUACUAUUGAGACUUAAAAAUGUAUGAAUGUCAAUGCGAUCUAAUGUGAACCAAUCUCCAUAGCAGCUUGAAUGAAUAACUGAUUAACAGUCAUGAGAUGCUUUUUCAGAGACAUUAAAAUUGCUUAAAAAUCAUUGAGAUGAACUUAAAAUAAAUGAAAAAGUGACAUCAACAGUGUGUCAGUUUGUAUAAGAUCCCCGACUGGUGAAAUGUGUGCUUCUGUGCGUACUGACGUCUGUACUGACUGUCACAGUUAGCGCUGUUCAUCAGCCUGUCAGGAACAGGAUACCACAACACGGUGAUUGAUAUAAUCUGGCCUGAAGUGUGGACACAACGAAAAUCCAAAGUCUUCCGAGAAACUGAAGGAUGACACAUUAAAUUUGUGACUGGAAGUUAAAAGAUAUGGUGUAUUUUGACGCCAGCGUUUCCAAGAAGGUCCAACUGUCAA